AUGUCACUGCUUUCCAUGAAUUCGACCAAGCGUUACCUCCGAGUCUUGUUUUCCUUUCUACGCAACAGUCUUCGCCCCAUGUUUCGGAUAGUCGCCCUCAAUCGUAGCAUGCGCGUCGUCAGACCUAUUAAUGCGUCGUCGUCGCUGCAAAUUUUAGCCGGGAACAUCUAUUCCGUCACAGAAACAGGCGUCACCGUGGACGACAACUUCUCCCGACUCCUCAUUGUCGAAUGUUUAGCCCGCAUGUUGCACAAUGCCAGUGACAAUAGACCCUUCAAUUCGAGCGGUACUUUGCCCGUCAUAUUCGACGACGACAUCGCGACCAGAGGAACGUGGAACUUCUUCCGAGGACUUCCCGUAGGAACUACACGAGGAUAUCCAGACGACGUCGAUACGACAUGCUACGCGCUCCGGGUCCUCCCCAUCGACCCCAUCAUCGCCAACGGCGUUCUGGACCGGAUUCUCGCCUUCACAGAAAGCCACCCCGACAAGAUCAUCCCUGUGUACUUCCCUGAACAUUGCGGCGAUGACAAUUCGUCUCGAUGCACCAUCCUCGACCCCAUCGUUUGCGUAAACGCGCUGCGCUGCUUCGCCCACUACGGCCGCUUCGAUGAGCCCUGUCUCGCGCCGACCAAAGCGUACGUGGGGCAUGUUCUUCGCGAGCCAGCGCUUAUGCUAGACGGAACACGGUACUACCCGUCGCCCGAUGCUCUACCGUUCUUCGCAUCGUUGCUCGUGACGGAGCUUGAAGCUCGCGGGCCGGUGCAUGAAACCUUCGUCCAGGCGACGACUCCCCUCCUCCAAAACUAUCUUGUUGUCUCGGCGGAGGCACUUGUUGGCGCGUCAGUUGACCCGCUGUCGGUCGCGAUGCACUUACUCGCGGCUUAUUCCCUUGGUCUGGAGAUCGACUGCAGAACUGUACAGGCACUUGAGGCGGCGCAACUCGAUACCUCCGCGGGCUGGCUCUGUAGAUAUGGCCGGACCGGUGUCCGUAUCGCGAACAGGAGUCUCACCCGGCUGCUCGUUGAAGAAGCGCUUGGCCGUCGGGAAUGUUCCGUCUUAGAGGCCUUUCUAUGGUAA